UCAUGGACCCAAGGUAUAAAUUCCCGAUGCGCAUGCGUAUUAGCCUCUUUUACUGUGGGGAUAAUGGCGGGUGAAACCGAGAAGAAGGCUCCUUCAGUCCCCGAAAGCCUUCUCAAGAGGCGGAAGCGCUAUGGCAUCGUCAGGGCCAUGCGUCUUAAAACCAAGUUGGCUGAGAAGAAGGCCCGCAAGGUAACCAGAAAGCUCAUCUUCAAGAGGGCAGAAUGUUACCACAAGGAAUACAAGGAGAUGUACAGGCGCGAGGUCCGCUUGGCAAGGACUGCCCGCAAAGUGGGGAACUUCUACGUCCCAGCUGAGCCCAAAUUGGCCUUUGUCAUCAGGAUCAGAGGUAUCAACGGUGUCAGCCCCAAGGUGCGCAAAGUACUGCAGCUCCUGCGUCUUCGCCAGAUCUUCAAUGGUGUAUUUGUGAAGCUGAACAAGGCCUCCAUCAACAUGCUCAGAAUCGCAGAGCCCUACAUUGCAUGGGGGUACCCAAAUCUGAAAUCAGUCCGUGAGCUGAUCUACAAACGUGGAUUUGGCAAGAUCAAGAAGCAGCGCAUUCCUCUGACGGACAACGCCUUAGUCGAAAAAACUCUUGGGGACUACGGUAUCAUCUGCGUUGAAGAUCUGAUUCACGAGAUCUACACUGUCGGCAAGAACUUCAAGUCCGCCAACAACUUCCUGUGGCCCUUCAAACUGUCAUCCCCUCGUGGUGGCAUGAACAAGAAGACCACCCACUUUGUAGAAGGCGGCGACGCCGGCAACCGGGAGGACCAGGUCAACAGACUGAUCAGGAGGAUGAACUAAACACAGGGUGUCCUGUGGGAGAGGUGUCCGUCAUUUUGUUGAGCUACGAUUAAAAGACCUUCAAAAAACCA